AUGUCUUUGUUUGAGUCCGGCAAAUUCACGGCCAAGGAUGGCUCAAAUAUUGCGUAUCGAGUUUACGGAAACGAACAUGCCAGUAAAUUGCCACUCGCUUUGAUUAACGGCUUGUCUGCCGUGAUGGACGACUGGCACCUGAUGGCCAAAGCCUUGGGCAAGACGAGAAAAGUCGUGCUUUUGGACCACCGCGGCAUUGGCGAGUCGACCUUGCCGGAAGAGGGCAUGGAGGAUUACACGAUUGAAGUUAUGGGAAGUGAUGCUAUGGAACUCGUUCGGUCCCUCAACAUCAAGGCCGUGAACCUGCUUGGCUUCAGUAUGGGUGGCCUCGUGGUCCAAGGGCUUCUCACGCACCCCGACGCCAAGCCAAGCAAAAACGGCGGCGUGGAGCUGCAUGGGGUUGAGAUUAUGCGCGUGAUUCUUACUUCGACAUUCACCAAGCUCCCCUCUGGCGAGUUCCACCCUACGAAAAUUCCGCAGCGCGCGGAAAACAUGCCGCGCGACGAGUAUAAUCGCAAUGUCACUGAGUACAUGCUGAGCAUGCAGUAUGCAGAGCGCGAUCUUUAUCCCGGGAACCCUAUAUACAUCACCUACCAGCAACGUGUCGCCCGGGGCGGAGACGCAAAAAGACCGCAGGCGAUUAUUGCAAGUCAAUUGGGUGCGAUAGCACAGUUUGACUCGCGUGAAAGUUUGGCCAAGAUUCCUCGGACCUUGCCAGUCAUGGUGAUUCAUGGCAAGAUGGACCGCAUGGUCGCUUAUGCCGAGUCGGAAAUUUUGAUGCAGCACAUUCAGCAAGCCAAGCGGUACAUCCCGAACGAGUCGUCUGGAAAGGAUGUGGGUGCAUUUGGGCACAUGUGGUUUGAUUAUUACAACUUGAAGCGCGAUUGGGUUGAGCCCAUUAACCAUUUCCUCGACACGCCCGCGGCGAAGCUUUAG